GAAGAAAUAGGAGGGUUGGGCGGGGCCUUAGCCGGAAGCGUUAGGGGAGAGCUGUGCUCCGAGUUCGGGUCGGAAGGGAAACAAACCGGCGGGCUGGCUUUGAGGAGGGCAGUUGCAGUGUUUCGAGAAGAAAGAAGGUUCUGAGGAGUAAAGAGUCCCAAUGACAGAACUCUCUGCAAACAUACAUUUCCAGCAUGGGCAGCUAACAGAAAACUCCCCUGACAACCACCUAAGCAAUACUAAUGACAACACUGAAAGACGACGGCAUGAUAAUCCUGAUUCAGAGUCGAAUGGGCAGCCACAGAACAGCACUCGGCAAGUGGUGGAACAAGAUGACGAGGAGGAAGAGCUAACACUGAAAUAUGGAGCAAAGCAUGUGAUAAUGCUCUUUGUGCCUGUCACACUUUGUAUGGUGGUAGUUGUUGCAACCAUCAAGUCUGUCAGCUUUUAUACACGCAAGGAUGGACAGCUCAUCUACACUCCAUUCACAGAAGAAACGGAAACAGUUGGACAAAGAGCUCUGAAUUCUAUUCUCAAUGCUGCUAUCAUGAUCAGUAUCAUAAUUGUCACGACCAUUCUCCUGGUUGUGCUUUAUAAAUACAGGUGCUAUAAGGUGAUCCAUGGAUGGCUCAUCAUUUCUUCUCUUCUUCUGCUUUUCUUUUUUUCAUUCAUUUACCUAGGGGAGGUUUUUAAGACUUACAAUGUUGCCAUGGACUACAUUACCCUCGCUCUCAUGAUCUGGAACUUUGGUGUGGUAGGAAUGAUCUGCAUUCACUGGAAAGGUCCCCUCCGACUCCAGCAAGCCUAUCUCAUUAUGAUAAGUGCUUUAAUGGCUCUGGUCUUCAUCAAAUACCUUCCUGAAUGGACUGCCUGGCUCAUCUUGGCAGUAAUUUCAGUGUACGAUCUGGUUGCGGUCUUGAGUCCUAAAGGGCCUCUUCGUAUGCUGGUUGAAACAGCUCAAGAAAGAAAUGAAACAUUGUUCCCAGCACUCAUUUACUCAUCAACAAUGAUAUGGCUGGUGAACAUGGCUGAGGAAGACCCUGAAGCCCAAAAAAGAGCUCCCAAAAGAUCCACUUACGAUAAGCAAGUCACCGGAAAUCAGGCCCAAAGUGCAAGUGCACAGGCUGAUGACGGAGGAUUCAGCCAAGAGUGGGAGCAACAAAGAGAUAACAGCAUAGGGCCUCUGGAAUCGACUCCUGAAACACGAGCUGCUGUUCAGGCUCUCCCCAGUAAUUCCCUAACAAGUGAAGAUCCAGAGGAGAGGGGAGUAAAGCUUGGCUUAGGAGACUUCAUUUUCUACAGUGUUCUAGUUGGCAAAGCCUCAGCAACUGCCAGUGGAGACUGGAACACAACUUUAGCUUGUUUUGUAGCCAUUUUAAUUGGCUUGUGCCUUACUCUCUUGCUGCUUGCCAUUUUUAAAAAGGCCUUACCAGCUCUUCCAAUCUCUAUAACCUUUGGGCUCAUUUUCUAUUUUGCCACAGACAACUUAGUGCAACCCUUUAUGGACCAGCUAGCAUUCCAUCAGUUUUAUAUUUAGCACACUUUAAGUCGAAAUCUGUGGACAUUCGUAUUAACUGUAGCAAAUGUGGAAGGGUAGGAUUAUUUCUACCUGUUUGUUAAAACAGCUGCCAUACUGGGCUUCACUGGAUUCUUCACUGUAAAAUUGGUCUCAAUGAAUGUGGUAUAGGACAUAUUAAGUCUUCAGCAUUCUGAGCUAUAAAUCUUUGUAAGGACCAUAUGUACUAAAGAUGCCUAUGCUCCCACCAGCAAGAUAAUUACUUAGCACAGAGGUUUUACCCCACCCCUCCAGAAUGCUGAGAAUUGUUUUACAAAGGACAGGUAAAUCAAACUAAGCUGUCUGAAUCACCUGAGGAGUUGGCCUAGAUUCAGCGGUGAUCAGUACUUUCAUCCUGAUCCUAUUGUGGGUUACCUGGAGAGCAGCUCUUGAACCGUGAUGAGAAGAUUUUGUCUCAAAGAAAAAAAUCAUGCAAGUUAUUCUGUGUGCCUAUGUGGUUACAUCUUAAAUUUUAAGUUUCAUUCUGCAAGUCUGUAGUCUUCUUCUGCACAGAACACACAGCCUCUCUCUAUUUUUGCUGCCAAAUGGUUCUUGGAUACAAUUUGAGACAGGUUAGUUACAUGAUCAGAAUUUGGACCUUUGAAUCCAAAAGAUUUUAUAUUCUUACAUGUAUUUGUAUAACGUGUUCCUAGAUUUCUUUCACCCUGCUCCCUUGCCCUGCAUGUCCUAUACCCUGAACACUCAAUGUUAUAUUUCAUCAUAGUAAGCUCUAAUUUAUUUGCAUAUUGAGUGGUAAGACAAGAUACUUUAAAAAGCUACAGAAGAACAGACCACAACAACAAUAAACAUGUUUCUAGUUGUUGUAACCAAGUGAAGAAUGCAUGAAUUUCACCUUAUCCUCUUUUGUUUUAAAACUUAUAAUUCUGUAGAAUUACUUGAGAUCAUUGUAUAAAAUGAAAUGUGUUGUACUGAAGAAACAAAGGUAAUAAGAGAAAAUUUCAUAUUGUCUGUAAAUCCUGUGUUAUUACAAUUGCCAGAAGAAGAGAAGACAUACUUACUCUGGAUGCUUUUUUAUAUUUUAUGUUGUUUUUUCUUUUUCCUAAAAAGUAACAGCUAGAGAUGAUGGUACAACAGGGAGGAUCAGUCUUCAUCCCAGAUACCACCUACAUUAAAUGGCUGUGUCUCAAAUAAAUUUAUUUUAAGACUUAGGGCUGAUUCCCACCUUGUGUUAAAACAUGUAUGGCUACCACACUAGACUGCCUUGACACAGUCUUUGGCACACUCACAUCAAUAACACUACAUUUGAGCUGGUCGUCCAUGUGGAUUUUUCCAGCAAGAUCUGUGAACAGAAUGCUACAGUUAUGCCUGGUCCUGCUCAUAAGAGCAUUCCAUUAAAAAUAAUGAGGAUAAACAAUUUUGAGGUAAACUUUUUUUCCUGCUACUCUGAGAAUCAUUCUAGAAACACUUCCAUGGACAAGCACAUUAUGUCACAAAAAGGCCUAAGCUUUACAUGCAUUCUUAUAAAACUGUGUUUUGUGUUAAGUAAGAGCUCUGUUUAUGUUUGGCUGACUCAUCUUGAGUGCUCUUGAAUGCCAGCUGUGCUACGCCUGCCACUCAGAUUAUUCUCAGUAGGAAAAAAUGUACUUUCUCACCUAACCUUAUGGCAAUAAAUGGCUGACAGUUGCUUACUGAAUUCAAUUUAGACAAGGAUUAAUAAAAUAAAAAACAUAUCUUGCCUCUGUCUGACAUAAGCCAGAACAAGCUGUGUAAACAAUACUCACUGUUCAUGAGGAAUAGGAUUUGAAAUGAACUCUUGACUGUAGGAGUUAAGCUGUUGAUAUUUUGUUUGUAUUGUUCCUUACAUCUGUGUUCAUCUUGGAGAGAGAGAAACCCUUUUUUGUCCAAUACACAAAAGAGAAAGAUUUUCCAAGUCAAAACUCAACAGAGUUACUAGUAUAGAGGGAACAUUUAUUUUUUUGUAUGUGAAGCAUUAAUCUGAAAAACCGGACUUCAAUACAGGUUCUUAGAAAAGUGUUUAGAUUUGAUGCAGGUACUAGUCUUCUACUGCCAAGAAUUGGUUGAACCAAGUUUCACAGUUUUCAAUUUGUAAGGGUAGACCUGUGUUUAGGUUGUACCAAUACAGGUUGCGGUGUUGGGGCUUGUACCACUAUGUAUUUUAAAAGGGAGAAGGAAGGAAUUUUGCCCACAGAAAUUUGUCAGGAAGAAAACUAGGCAAGAACUUUUCUCCCUGACAUCUAAGUUUUCUUAGUAGAGAGAAUAUUUUGUACAAAGAAGUGUUCAUUCAUGUGAGCUCCUAUCUGCAGUCUAAAGUAGGAUACAGCUUCAACAGAGGUUUAUACCUUAAUUAGAACUGAGUUGUUGUCACACAAGAUUUUGAUGGAGAUUUCUGUAGAGCCAGAAUCACUCAGUUAUGUGCCUUUGCUUUAUUCAGCCCUUAAGUAAGGAGACUGAAGAUGGAAAGUUCAUUUCAUCCAAUACAUUUAAUGCUGUGGGAUUUAAAUAAAAUACUAUAUUAUUUGAUCUUUAAGAUACAGCCAGUAAGCAGAAGAAAAUGGACAUUUUUGUUAUGUAUGAUGAUAGAAAAUCAGCUGCAUUCCAAUACCAGAUGCUAACUUAAUGACAGCACUAAGAAGUUAGUGGACUCAAUGAUAAGAUGACUAAAGUGCUUGUGAGGAUGUUAAGCUUCUGUGCCCUUUGAAAAUGUAGCAUCCCUAUAAUGAAGUGCAUGGACAAGUGCACAUUUUCUAUUCCAGUAAACCUAUCAGAUAUGACUGAAGGAUUGGCUAAUGUGGAUGUUCUUCAAGGUUAUAUUGAUAGAUUCUCUCACCUUCAAAUCUGUAUAGAUAGUUUCAGAGACUGUUCAGCAGCAGAAAUGCUUGCAAGCCAAAGCAAUGAAUAUUGGUUUUUCAUCUCUUUUUUUUAUAUUGGGAUUUAUUCCAGAAGUGUCAGAGUUAGCUGUCAUUAGGUGUACAAUAAAAAUUGAGGCAUGUCUAAAUGAUAGUGCCACUUAACACAAGCUACUGACCUGGUACAGUCCAUUGUAAUCCAGAUUAGCAAACUUUUCUAAGGGCUGUAGUGAGCUGAAAAUAAUCAAACCUUCAAAUACAGGGCAUUGAAGUCUAGAAGUAUUUGGUUUACAAUAUCAAAGUCCACAUUUUGCAAAGAAAGAUAGUAUAAAGUAAGAUCCUACUUGGAUGUUGCAGUUGAAAUUUCAUCCCUGUGUUUUACAAUUGCUUUGUUAUUGAUGUAGCAAGAGAAACAUAUUUGUGAACAAUAGAGGGUAAUAUUGAGCUGAAUGAAGAAAAUAUCUAAAGUGGUUAUUGGUAAAUUAUUUUGGCAGCUACAUGUAAAGAUCAUUAUUGAGAAAUCUAUAGUACUUGAUUUGUACAGUAGCAUGAUCUUGUUUCACAAUAUUGGCCCGCCAGUGGAAAUACUGGAAUAUGAACUAGAAUUGGAUUCUUUUACACUCUGGUAUAUUUGUGUUUUUACAGACAUUGGUUUGUACAUUAUCUGAACUGAAUGUGAAUAAGCCUUUUUAAGACACCUUUACAAUUAAGAUAUAAUUUUGAUAGGUUAUUGCAAUUUUCCUUGUAUUUAUCAAAUUAUUAAAGAAUGCAUGGAACAUA